AUUGAUCCAAUGAUCUCUCUGCAGGGCCAUUAACAGAAAUGCGAGAUGCGAUUCCAACAAAAGAGAUCACAAUGACAGAGUUUAGGAGGGUCAGCUGGUUUCUCUCUUUUUUGGCUCUGGAGAUCAACACUGCACAUUCAGCCCCUGAUUUCUCUUUGUAUCUCCACAGUGUUCUGAAAAACCAUGCGUGCGCAGGGGAAACCCUCACCAUCAAGUGUCCUGCCAGGACAUCUGUGGCCGUCUUAUCAGCCUUCUUUGGACGGCGCGUUCCUCAACACUAUUUAUGCCCCAGCCAGAAGACAAAUCUAACCGAGGACGCAGAGUGUUCAUCUCCACUCGCUAUCAAGAAGGUGCUGUCAGAGUGUCAGGAUGAGCGGUCCUGUCAAAUACCCGUCCUUGGCCCCGUGUUUGGGCAAGACCCCUGCCCACUCACCAGCAAGUACCUCCUAGUGUACUACAAGUGCAGACCAGAGUACUACCGCACAAGACUCGUGUGUGAGAAUCAACGCUUGAGGCUGGCGUGUAAGAAUGACACCAUACUGGCCAUCUACUCAGCCACCUUUGGACACCUGCUGCAUGGAAGCCCCCUGUGUCCUCAGGGAGGGGGCUCGCUGGUGGACAUGGAGUGUUUGUCGUCGUCCGCUCUGAGGAAGGUUUCACGUCGGUGUCACGGCUAAGCGAACUGUUCAGUGCUUGCUGACACUCAAACCUUUGGGGACCCGUGUUUCCCCGGCACCAGGAAACACCUGCGAGUGUCCUACACUUGUGUUCCCAGGUAUCUUUUGGAAGACGUGGGUAGAGAGACAACAGAUCCUUUCAUUAUCUCAGACUACACACACGGUGGAUGGUACACUGGCCCCACCUACAGGCCUCAAAAUGUGCUACUAACCAACUCUCUGGAGAUGGUCGAAAAAAUGUUGGGGCUACCUGAAAGAGUGGCUCUGUAUUUUGUCUCUGGGAUCUGUGCUGGUCUGGUUUUCCUGCUCUGUCUGUUUGGAGUACACUCCACGCUGGUGAAGGACAUGAAGGAGCUCGUGUCAGAUCUGCAUGAUGACUUGAAAGCACCGAGUCGGCAGCACAAGGACCUCAUACAGGACCUCUACGACGAUGAUGAACUUUCGCUCUCGGAUUUCUCAUCGUUUCAUCACCUCACUCAGUCAUAUCGCAUGGCGGACGUGCUCGCUGCCCCCAUGCUGACUGUGGAGAUGAUGGCACAGGGUGCUGAACACAGUCGAGACCUGCCCAAUGGAGAUAUUUGGCCACAUCCAGACACCAACCCUUAUGUCAUUCAUCAGAUUACAAAUUAUAAUUAAUUUCUCUUUGAACAUAAUGCUUUGUCAAAUUUGACCCGUUUUGAUGUUUGGCAGCAAUAAAAACACUCUAAAUUCAA